AUGUAUUUUGUGCAGACAUCGAGAAGAUGUAAACAGCUCUCCAAUGACUAUGCCGAAUUGUAUCCCACCGCUGCUGUCGUGCUCAACAGAGACGCGUACGUUGAUGAUAUUCCUACUGGAUGCGACAACAUCAAGGAUCUCAUUGCACUCAAAGAUGAAUUGAUUCUGCUUCUUAGCGAAGCUCAAUUCAAAAUGCGAAAGUGGAGCUCAAACUGUUACGCCCUUUUAAAGUCGUUGCCAAAGGAGAUUUGUGAGUAUCCACCAGAGGAUUUAGAGGAAGACCGCUCAUUUCGAUUUGUUAAAGUCCUGGGAUUGUGGUGGGAACCAAAACCGGACUAUAUUUUCUUCAAAUUAGAAGCCCCCGCAUUUACAACUGCUCUUACUAAACGCAUAUUGCUUUCAGAACUAGCCAAGAUCUACGACCCGCUGGGUUUGCUUUCGCCAACUGUUGUUUUUCUGAAGAUCCUAUUUCAAGAUAGUUGGCUAAGUUCUGUCGAUUGGAAUGAAGUACUACCGCAGCAAUUAUGUACACGAUGGCAACAGUUUGUAUCGGAAAUGCAUUUAUUGGAAACUUGUCGAGUUCCUCGCUACAUAUCUGUACCACAUCAAGAAAUGGAACUGCACGGAUUUGCUGAUGCAUCAUCUCAAGCGUAUGCUGCCGUCAUCUAUAGCCGCGUCGAAGUCAACAAUGGAUAUGCUGUCAAACUGAUUAUGGCUAAAACUCGCGUAGCCUCUAUUAAGCCUAUCUCUAUUCCGCGACUAGAGUUAAACGCAGCUCAUUUACUCUCUAAACUGAUUUAUCUGGUCAAGCAAUCAUUAACUGUUCCUAUUUCCAGAAUCAAUUGUUGGUCAGACUCUGAAAUAGUCCUGCAUUGGCUAUCUUCUCUGCCUAGGACUUGGAACACCUAUGUUUGCAACCACACUGCUGAAAUUCUAGAGGUUUGCUCACGCAGCUGCUGGCAACAUAUUCGAAGUGGUGAUAAUCCCGCAGACUGCGCAUCGCGAGGAGUACUGCCAAAGGACAUCGUGGAUCAUCAAAUAUGGUGGAAUGGACCACCUUGGCUAUCUCAGUCCCGUUCAGCUUGGCCACCUGUUAAAGCUAAGUUUGUUCUGUCGACAGAAGAAGAGGCCUGCCUAGAGAUGAAGGCUGAAACGAAAGUUAAUCUACACAUUUCCGACGACGGAAAUUCGCUAUCUUGUAUGAUCAACAAAUCCUCCUCAUGGUCCCGUUUAUUAAGGAUAGUCAGCUACUGCCUUCGCUUCGUUCAUCGUCUUCAGGAGUUCUUCAACGUGGAGUACAAGCAGUUAACUACCGGACAGCCAUUGUCGAAGAAAUCGAAGUUGAUUCGCUACACACCCUUUUUAGACGAGCAGAGAGUAAUGCGUGUUGGUGGUCGCAUUGAUGAUUCUAUAGCUACUUAUGACGCAAGGCAUCCCAUUCUCCUUCCUAAGGAAUCUCCAAUGGCUGGUCUGCUAGUUCGCUAUCAACAUGCUGCAUUGUUACACGCUGGAGUCGAAUACACGUUUCAUAGUCUACGCCAAAGCCACGAGAUUAAUUUGCAUUUCAUUCCGCCAUCUGCUCCCCAUUUCGGAAGCAUUUGGGAGACUGGUGUGAGAUCCAUAAAGCUGCACUUAAAACGAGUCAUUGGCAGCAGUGCCUUGAAAUUCGAGGAGUAUUCGACCCUGUUAAUUCAGAUUGAAGGGCUUCUGAACUCUCGCCCUUUAUGCGCACCUAGCGAUCACAGUCUUAACCCGCUAACUCCUUCUCAUUUUCUAACAGACUGCAGCGCUGGAGACAACUACAGGCCAAGGUUCAAGGUUUCUGGAAACACGCUUCUCAGCACGCUUCAACCUCGCACGAAAUGGCAUCAAGAUGCUCCAAAUGUUGCCGUGGACACACUGGUUGUGCUGAAGGAGCCCAAUCAACCGCCAAGCAAGUGGAUGCUAGGACGAGUCACCGAAGUUCAUCCUGGCCAGGAUCAGAGGGGCCGGGUGGUCACAGUUAAAACCGCCAAGGGAAUCUACAAGCGCCCUAUUACGAAAAUUGCUGUGCUUCCUUUGAACUGA